AUGAAGAUGCUCUACGUUCUCUUUGCUGUUGCCUUCUUGGUCUACCAGGUCCAGGCCAAUCCCCAACCACCUUCCGAGGAUGAAGCCAAGGAGCCUCUUGACCCUGAAAUGAAGUUGAAAGAGGGUAAGUUGGGCUGAAAAUGGUCAUUCUUUCAUACUGCAGCUUGUGGAGGAAUCCUAGAAUCACGGUUAGAAGUACAACUCUAGGUUAGCUCAGCCAUAUUAUUGCAGAAAGAGAAUUCUUUUGACUUACAAGCUUUAGUUAUCAUGGACUUUCCAGCCUCAUAGGAAGGACCUGGGCAAUCUGCUUCAAUGUCCAGCUCUUCCUGAUGCAUUUACUUCUUACUGAGUUUCAUGGGACUUUCUUCCUGACUUUCCUUCAGAGGUUGGGAUGGGCUGUCCCCCCCCCCCCCAGAAUCCUUCAGAAGCAAUCUAUCAGGAGCUUCUUUGUGUCAGUGGCUGAGACUGGAAUCCAAAUUUGCAGGGCAUCCCUUUUUCCAUGUCCUCCCUCUCCCUCUCCCCCAAAUCCUUUUCCUAAUCUUAGUGCCAUCACUCCUGCCCUAGUUCCUGAGAGGGACCUAUGAUCACUGUGAGAACAGGAUGCUGGACUAGUUGGGCCUCUGGUCUGAUCCUGCAUGUGCUUAUUAGCAUCAGGAGUGCUCUGAUGGUGUUUCCUGCUUGGCAGGGGGUUGGACUCGAUGGCCCUUGUGGUCUAUUCCAACUCUAUGAUUCUAUGAUUCUAUUAUUUUCUUUAUCUGCAAAUUGAAACACAUCCAUCAUUUGAACUUCAGCCUACUAUGAAUCUUUCAAGGUGGUUCUCCUAGACAAAUAAUGUUUACAAAGAUCAUCUAAAAGGGGAAAUUAUGUCAUGUUUAUAGCAAAAUUGCAUUCCAUAUGGGCAUAAUUUAUUUAAUGGGAUGCCUUAUUCACCGUUAUAAUGCCUUAUUCACCGUUUUCAUAAUGACCAAAGGCAAAAUAUAAAAAUACAAAUAGGUAUAAAAUAGAUGUAAAAUGUAUAAAUCCUACAGAUUCUAGAACCAAAUAGUUGACACCAGCAAGGGCAUGUAACAUUAGAAGGAAGCAAACACCCCCCCUCCAAUAGAAAUAUUAACAAAGCCAGUAGAAUAUUGAUUGAACUGCUCCAAUGGUGGUUGGCACCCACUAGAACUGAUAGGGCAGAAGGCAAGGAACCCAACAGUGGUUGGAGCCAAAGUCAAAGCCAAACCAAACCAACAAAUUCUGGUCUUGUCCCCCUCGUUCUCUCUGUUGAGUUCUACAGGGGCUACAGGAGGAGGAAAGCAACAAGUAGUUUGAAAUAAGAAGGCAGGCAAAAAAAAAGUCACGAAAGUGGAAAGAUAAAGAUAAACCAACCAAGGAAGAUUGGUUGAAUAAACUGACAAGCUAUGUGGAGUUGGCAAGUUUGACAACAAGAAUCAGAAACCAGGAGGAGUCUGUGAUUAGAGAGGGGUGGAAGCUUUGUGGUAUUUGAAGUUUUGAGGUAUCUUUGCUCUUUUCUAUGCCUAUUGACCCUUGAAGUAUUUUCAUGAAUGUUGCUUUUCUCUUUUAUAUGCAGACCCUGGGCUGAUGCUCCCGCCAGACGAUUCUGCAAAACGUACGGCGAUCCGGUGCAAAGGCGGCGAUGGAUACUGCCUGCCCCGGGGCUUCUUAUGUCACAGUUUAUUGGUAUUCAAAGAACCGUAUAACGACUGCCCGUUUUCUGCAGAUCUGAAGUGCUGCGUGCGGUGA